AUUGCUGUUUCUUAUGGCGGACUAGCAGGAAGACGCUAGUUGUUAUGGUUACUGCCUACAAACACAGGUUCUGUCAGGCAAAGUAUCUCUGAAUACAUUGGACGGAUCUUGAAAUUCAAUGGACUGGACUACGGAAUUAGAAAUAACUUCAAAAAAGAGGUUUAAUUUUCAGCUUUUACCUCGUCUUGGCAGACGAUCGACGCAAAGUAAUGUACAAGAAGAGUCCAGGUUGGAUGAUGACCUUUUGGAUAGUCCGGUAUCGCUAUCUUCCGGAAAAUCUGCGCAUCCACCUGUAGUUCCACCGCGCACCAGGAAAACCGGAUGGGGCGACGAACUGAAAAGCGGGAAAACUCGAGGAUCGUCGAAUCUUAUUGAACAACUGUUUUUUAGGGAACGUUCCCGAAUUACAGAAAAAGAUGAAGUGGUUGAUGACAUCCCUAUUAUUCCGGAUUUGGAUGAAAUUCAGGAGGAUAAUGCUUUGUCUGAUAUAAAUGCACCUAAGGUUAAUGUGAAUAGAGUUGCUGCGUAUAAAGAACUCGAUACGGAUUUGGUGAAGAACGCUGCAUUCACGUCUUUGGAUGGUGUUAAUCUAUCUCUACUAGCGGAGAAAUUAUACAAUGAAAAUCUUGUGAAAGAACCGGAUGAAGUAUGGAAUUGGAAUCUUCUGUUCACUCAGGUUGCUUCUGAAGUGAACAGUGAAAUGCAGAAAAAAAUUCCGACAUAAAUGUUUAUAAUUAUUAUAAAAAAUAAA